UCCACCCCCGCCAAACUAAGAAUCCUAAUCCAAUUUAUUAAGAUGACAUAACAUAACAUUAGUGGUUGCAGAGUUGCUAAUUUCUGAGUCUAUUUCAUUGUCCACAUGUCUAACAUUCAUCCACAAUGGCUACCAUUCAUUUUCUUCAUCAUCUCCCAGCUCCUCAAUACCUCUCAUGGCGAUGUUGGCACCACUGCCCGAUACAGUCCACCAUAUUUACCGACGGCGUGUUAUGGGAAUGAUCCGUCACAGUUUCCAUCGAGCAAUUUGUUUGCAGCAGCUGGGGAUGGAAUAUGGGACAAUGGGGCAGCUUGUGGGAGACAAUACUUGGUGAGAUGCAUAAGUGCGUCACAACCCGGAACUUGUGUUCCUGACAAAACUAUUCAGAUUAGGAUUGUUGAUUACGCUCUCUCCUCACCUUCUCCCCCCUCAGCACGUCCCACCACCAUGCUUUUAUCUGAAACUGCCUUUGGGACCAUUGCAAACUCUUCCGUUCCCUUAAUCAACAUUGAAUUUCAACAGUUAUGAUGUGGGAAGAAGAUAUUUUAAAACCUUGCUCUGAUUGAGGGGGAAAUGAAGUAAAUUCCAAGCAAGUUUGUUCUUUGUUAACCACCGGCCGGCCCACUGAUUGGUUGUAUGAAAAUUCUCUUGUGAUACAUAUAUAUAUAAUAUAUAUAAUAUGAGUGUUCUUUCCUUUUACGUCAGUGUUAUGUCCUAAUCACACAUGAAGCUUUGUAAGAGGAAGUUUCCUAUAUGUUUCCUUCCUUGGAAGAUUCGGUUUGGACGAGUCAUCAUUAGGUGGAGAUUGUGUUUCAUACUAAUUAAUAGUAAAUGAUAUCAGGAUGAUUAUUUGUCA